AUGGCUCGCCGGCACGAGGCGCCGCGGCUUCCCGGACUCGUCCAGACACGGGGCGGCGCGCAGGAGAAGCCCAUCGAGCUGCCGGCGGUGGCGGCAGCGGCGGUGGCUGCAGGAGCGGCCGCCGCGCAGGCUGAUGACGCACGGGCGCGUGGGCGGGGGGGCGCGGUCGGCGCGGGGGCGACGCGAGCAGAUGACGUACGACGAGCGGGGCGGCUCGGCAGCAUGGCGUCGGUGGCGCUGAGUGAGGCGGAGAAGGUGUAUAUCGUGCACGGCGUUCAGGUAGCUACGCCGCGGCGUCAGCCACCGGGUUUCCCCUGGCGCUGCGGGUGGCGGCGCGCCCUCGCUUCGCUCGGGAGGAGGCGGCCAGGCGGCGUGCUGGGUUUACCUGACUCACUCAGCUUUUCUGUUGCCUCUCCAUGUAGUUCGGCCAAUGCUACCCCUGAAUUUGAAGGUCGAGGAGGUGAUGACCUUGGCACGGAGAUUGCUAAUACCCUCUACCGGAUAUUUAACAACAAGAGCAGCGUCGACCUCAAGUCCCUCUGCAUUAGUCCCCGGGAGCAUUGUUGGAUCCUCUAUGUGGACGUGCUGCUGCUGGAAUGCGGUGGGAACUUGUUUGACACCAUCUGCAUUGCUGUGAAAGCUGCUCUCUUCAACACCAGGAUACCAAGAGUUCGUGUUCUAGAGGAUGAAGAGGGGUCCAAGGACAUUGAACUCUCAGAUGACCCUUAUGACUGCAUCCGGCUGAGUGUGGAGAACGUCCCCUGCAUUGUCACCCUGUGCAAGAUUGGCUAUCGGCAUGUCGUGGAUGCUACUCUUCAGGAGGAGGCCUGCUCCUUGGCCAGCUUGCUGGUGUCCGUGACCAGCACGGGAGUCGUGACGUGCAUGAGGAAAGUGGGGAAGGGCAGCCUGGACCCAGAGAGCAUCUUUGAGAUGAUGGAGACCGGCAAGCGAGUGGGCAAGGUGCUGCACGCCUCCCUGCAGAGCGUCCUACACAAGGAGGAAAGCCUGGGGCCCAAGAGACAGAAAGUCGGCUUCCUGGGAUGAUUUGCACAUCAACGCAAAUGCGGGGUGUUUGGCUUUUUUGCUUUUCCUUUUAAGCCGCAGUUUGUAUAUAUUUUUCUUAUCUGUUAUAAAUUUGAGGCAACAUUUGUACAUGUAAAAUUAAAGUAUAUUUUCUAGUCUG